AUGUCGAGUAGAUAUGGAGAAUUUAGUUCAGGUUAUGGACGGUAUCGGUCUGAGGAGGAGCGAGACACUGUACCGAUUCUACCGGAUGCACGCGGUCUGAAUCAUAACUCACCUCUGGCUGGAGUUCAUAAUACUACAAGAGGAGUGCUUCGAAGCGUGGUUCAAUUUGUGGCUGUUUCGAAAAGAUUUAUUUAUCCAUCUGAAUAUUUUUAUGUCGUUUCUCUGGGUACAUGCUGCUUUCUGGCUGGGAUUACUCAUGCAGUAAUUGCCAUCCAGGUCUCCCAGCUGCUGGGAUUUAAAACAUCCAUGCUAUUUGAUACUGAUAGUACUUCGCUGUCGGGGCUUUCGGGCUCAGUCCCGGUAUACGGACUUUUAAAACUUUUGUCUUCGUUGAAUCAGCCUGAGAUUGGGACUCGCAUUUCGUCCCGUAUGCGCCACGGAUACUUGACUGAGGUUCUUGAUUCACCCUAUCGUCGCCAAUCAACUACUCAGUAUUGGAAUACUAUUUUACAGUCAUCAGUAGACCACUCAAUAAAAAUUCAACAGUCUCUUGCCAACUGCAUAUGGUCUGGUAUUGAGACAUUGGGAUGUCUACUUUGUCUCAUAAUAUUUCUUUGCUUUAUUCUACCUGAAGCAAUUAUAUUUUACCUGGUGACUUCACUAUUAGCUGUCUUGACAGUCAGAUUUUCAAAUGAGAGAAUUGUUUUUACAAUCUCCUCUCCACUUACGUGGUCAAUGUUAAAUGGCAUUUUGCUACUCAUUCCAUCUGUCAUCAAGGAUCGUGAGGAAGAUGAAGUGAACAACGGCCUUAUUAUCCUUAUGUGUGUUUUUCUUUCACAAUUAUCUAUUUUUCAAUUGACAGAAAAAGUUCUAUCAUUGAAAGUGACAGUUCGUGAAGUAGAUGAGUUUAUCCAAGUACUAGCCAACUGUAGUAUCCACCAAGGGGAUACUAGUCGUCAAGAGUCGAAUUCGGAAAUAGUCAAUGCUAGAAUUCAAUUCGUAGAUGUCACUUUCACCUUCCCGUCUGCUUCUGAACCAUCAUUAGUCAAUUUCAAUCUAACUAUCGAAUCUGGUCAAUGCAUUGGACUAGUCAGUGAUUCUAGUGCUGAGAUGCUAGGCCAGUCUGCUGCUAUUCUUGAUCUAAUCAGUGGCAAGUAUGCACCUGAUUCUGGCCAGGUACUAGUAGAUGGACAAGACCCAGCUACAAUCAGGGCUAUUUCACGACAGAUUGCUACUAUCUCUGCCUAUAAUAUGGACAUUAUUGAUGAAAGCAUUUAUGACUACGUCUAUAAAGGGCUAAUUGGUACUAAGUACGAGUCAUAUGAUUCUGUGGGGCAACAUAGAAUGAUUAUGCGUGCUUGCAAAGAAGCUGGUCUAUGGCAUAUAGCAAAACCCCAGUCGCUACAAUCACAAGCAGCCAAUGGUACAAUACUUUCUGUGGCCGAACGUCUGAAACUGACAAUUGCAAAGUCACUGGUCUCUAGACCAAAAAUUAUUCUGCUUGAUCAGCCAAUUGCUCUUGUGGACCAAUACGCCCUUCCUUUUAUUUCUAGUAUACUGCAUCAAAUAUCUAAAAACAAGACGACAGUAUUGGUUCCCUAUUACGGUUCUGGAUUACGGCUAACAGAUCGGGUACUUCUGCUGUCGCAUGGUAAGAUAAUUGAGGAUGGCACACAUUCCGAAUUAUCGAAAUCUUGUGCGGGAUACCAAGUAUUGACUAGACACUGGAAAUCCAAGCGUAGAUCUAGUGUGAAUUCAUUGAAUAGCAGUCCUGGAAUAUUGGUACCUGAAAUUUUGAAUGCUCCCUCUAAAACGUUCACACAGCGGAUUUCCGAUUUGAAGUCUGUGUCCUUUACAAACUUGGCCACAGCAACAAUAUUCUGUGCUUUAGGAGUCAGCAUAGUUACCAAAAUUUUUAUUGGUAUUAGAAUAACAAUUGUAUCUAUUACCAAUGAUACAAAAUAUAGAACUGCUUAUUUGAUUUCGCAGGCUAGCUUUUCAAUAGCGGAACUGAGUAUUAUCGCAGGUGGGCUUAUUAUUUGGUGCCGUCCAGCAUUCGUACUCAACCAUUCAUUUAAUAGCCUCGUAAAUGUGGCGUUGUUCUCAACCGUCUUUGUUUGUUUUAUGGUUGUGAUUAUUUAUUUAAACUGGAAACUUGGUUUGAUCACCGUCGGCUAUAUGUUACUUGCUCUAUACAACGGUUACUUAAACUCAAAAUUGCAGGCUGAGAAUACCAAUCUGGUGAUUGAUACUUAUCAAUCCAAGCGGAACCAACUUGCGGAGUCUAUAACUAGCCGUCAUGCAUUUCAACAAUUUUACGAUAAUGUAGAAUCUGAGAUAAAACGGUUCAAACGGAGACGUAGCAAUAUGAAACUUCUAUAUGCUAUUAUGCUCAUUAUAACGUUUGUAACUCUUUCUAUCGGUUCACUAUAUCUCCUUUAUUAUAAUGUGUCAAUGUCAGAGGUGAUCAUGGUCUUUCUGAUAGCCGCCUCGUUUGGAUCUCUCCUGAAUGGAGUGCUAUUUCCUGUAUCUCCGCGCAAUAUGUAUAUUGAUUGA